AUUUAUCUAUCUCACGUAGGAAUCCAAAACAACACAUACCCUUAUAUCAAGAUCUCUGUUUUUCAGACAGAUCAUCAGAACAAAAUGUCAUCGUCAGGAUCCGACAAAGAGAGAGAGACUUUUGUCUAUAUGGCUAAGCUCUCCGAGCAAGCCGAGCGAUACGACGAGAUGGUGGAGACGAUGAAGAAAGUGGCGAGAGUGAACAGCGAGCUGACGGUGGAAGAGAGGAAUCUGUUGUCGGUUGGUUACAAGAACGUGAUCGGGGCGAGAAGAGCUUCGUGGAGGAUAAUGUCGUCGAUCGAGCAGAAGGAAGAGUCCAAAGGUAAUGAGUCGAACGUGAAACACAUCAAGGGUUAUCGCCAAAAGGUAGAAGAUGAGCUCGCCAACAUUUGUCAAGACAUUCUCAACAUCAUUGAUCAGCAUCUCAUCCCUCACGCUACCUCAGGGGAAGCCACCGUCUUCUACUACAAGAUGAAAGGAGAUUAUUACCGUUACUUGGCUGAGUUUAAGACCGAGCAAGAGAGAAAGGAAGCCGCUGAACAGUCUCUCAAAGGCUAUGAGGCUGCAACACAAGCUGCAAGUACUGAGCUUCCUUCGACCCAUCCGAUUCGUCUUGGUCUUGCACUUAACUUCUCUGUUUUCUACUAUGAGAUCAUGAACUCUCCUGAAAGAGCUUGCCAUUUGGCUAAGCAAGCCUUCGAUGAGGCCAUUGCGGAGUUGGAUACUCUAAGCGAGGAGUCGUACAAGGACAGCACUUUGAUCAUGCAGCUCCUCAGAGACAACCUCACUCUCUGGACUUCUGAUCUUCCUGAAGAUGGAGGAGAAGACAACGUCAAGACUGACGAACCCAAACAAGAACAGGCUAAACCUGCCGAAGCCACUGAGAACUGAUCAAAGGGCUUGGAAGUUGAAUGAGAUUAGAUUCGAUGCCCAGAAGGGGGGAGGCAAAUUCCUUCAAAUUCCAUAGCUUGGUUUCAUCAGGAAGAUGGGAUCAGAGACAAUUGAAUUCAAUCCUAUAUUGUUUCUGUUUUUUUGUAUUACUUUUCUUCUUUAUUUGUUGUCAAAUUUCAUGUCUUCAAUAUUUUAUGGUAUGCAAUUAUAUUAUGAUUUGAUCA